UUUUUUUUUGGCUCAUCUCUUUCAUUCUUAAUAGGUUGUAUAUUUUUUAUCUCUUCUUUAUCUUAUUACACUAUUUCUCCCCCUCUCUCUCUCUUUCCCCUUUAUAUUUCUGUUCUUUGUUUGGUGAAGAAGUUUCUAUAAAUGGCCGCUCCUUCUGGUGAAACAGCCUCUAGUGGUGUAGAAGUGACUCACUCACCUACAGUAACAGCAGCCACUACCACCUCAACUACCACUUCUACUCGACCAUCUCCUACUUCCAACGUUCAUCGUAUGAAUACACCUGCUUCACCUUCUUAUCCUCCUUAUGGUUACAUUGACCCGAAUAUGGUAUAUGAAAUUCAACCAAAUGGUUAUGAUCCCAAUGAUACUCAACAACAACAACAACAGCAACAACAACCAGGUCAACAACAAACAUAUGUCUUUUAUCCUGUCAGUCCACAAUUUUAUUAUUCUGACUAUCAAAGUUAUCCUGGAUCUCCUGCACUACAUCCUCAAUCUCCACCUAUGAAUCCUACUAGUCCUCCUUUCAGUCCUACGUUUCAAUAUCAAGGUGUCAUCAACAGUACUGGUAGUGUCACUUUAUCUCCUACAUCACAUGCUACUUAUGUUCUUCCACCUCAUUCUGUGCAUCCACCAUUUCCUCCUUUGCAUAUUUCUUCACCUGUUUUGACUGGAACACCUGUUGGUUCUCCUCCUCCUCAUCAUCAAAUGGUGGCUUUACCUGGUCCUUAUCAUCAUCUACCUUCAUCUCAUCAUCAACAUCAACAACAGCAACAGCAACAACAGCAACAACAGUAUGAAAGAAAACGUCAACCUCAACAAUCCCAACAACAACGUAAUCAUACUGGUGAACACUCUUACAACCAACAAGCAACUCAAGAGGAAUUAUCUAUGAAUUAUCAUCCUCAAAAUGUUUAUGUGCGUGGAUUAUCUUCAUCUACUACUGAUGAAUCGUUUUUGGAAUUAUGCAAGGCAUACGGUCCAGUCACUUCAUCCAAAGCAAUCCUCGAUCAGAAAUCAGGCGAAUGUAAAGGAUAUGGAUUUGCAUUAUUUGAAAAGGAACAAGAUUGUCAUACUGCGAUUGAAGGAUUGAAUAAUGCAGGUCUUCAAGCAUCAUUUGCUCGUGUUGGUCAAGUCUCCUUUAGCUCUCGUUUACGAAAUCUUCAAGAUGAAACAUCUACCAAUAUCUAUAUUUCCAAUUUACCUUUGGAUAUGACGGAACAAAAACUGGAAGAGUUGUUCCAACCUUUCCAAACAGUAUCCAAUCGCAUUUUACGUGACCCUCAAUCUGGAUUAAGUCGUGGUGUUGGUUUUGCAAGGAUGAGUGAUCGACUUGCUGCGGUAUCCAUUAUUGAACGAUUCAACGGUCAUGUUGUUGCUGGAUCCUCUGCGCCAUUACAAGUACGUUUUGCUGAUUCACCUGCACAAAAAAGACUCAAAAAUCAAACUUCACGCAAACGAAUGAUUCGAUCUCGCGAAUUCCAACCCAUGGCUGGUUUUCCAGUACGCCAUAUGAUGCCUAUCACUCCUGAAACAAUGCUUGGUAUCAAUCCUUUGAAUCCUUCCUCUUCUACUCCCGUUGCUUACCAAACUACCACAACAACAGAAACGGAAACUGCAACAAGUGCAACUAAAGAUACUGUCAAGGAUCAAGAUCUCAUCCAUUUGACCAACUCUGUAGAACAAGAAUUGAAAAUUACGGAAUCAGAUUUAGACAAGAAAGACAAUACAACCGAACAAGUACAAUCUUAACCUACUUUCUCUCCAUUUUAUUUAUCUCUUUCUAUUUUUUUCAUUUUCUUCUUUAUCACACACAACACACACACUUUAGUUUAGCUUAUCCUUUUUUUUUCCCAUUCCCUUUUUUCCCCAACUCGUCUUUUCUCUAUACACUCACAAAGAUGUUAAUAGUAAUAAAAAAAAAUAAACACACGCGUAUUCAGUCAAUUACAGUGCCAAUUGAUUUUUUUUUUUAUUUUAUUAAUUCAACAAAAUUUUAUAUACAAAUAAAG